AUGUCUCUAAAUGGUAUUCGCCAUUCACUAACAGCUCCUUACCAUCCGAGGUCUAACGGUCUAGCAGAAAGAGCAGUGCAGACAUUUAAGAAUGCUAUUAAGAAGAUGGAAGGACCACUACAUGAAAGAAUUGCUCGAUUCCUUUUCUCUUACCGAAUCACUCCUCAAUCUACUACUGGGCAAUCCCCAGCUGAACUCUUAAUGGGACGUAGAUUAAGAUCAGUCUUAGAUACUGCUCACCCAGAUUUCACUCUACCUUCACAGAAAGAGAAGACUAAAAGCAAUGCAAGAUCAUUCAAGCUACAUGACAAGCUGUUUGCAAGGAACUACUCUGGGAAGCCAUUAUGGAUUCCUGUGGUUGUCUGUAAGGUCACUGGACCAUUGUCUUACCAUGUUGAAACUAUGGAUGGUUUAGUGCUUAAAAGACAUGCUGAUCAGCUCAGAAAAAGGUACACUGAAGACUCUGAGCCAGAUACCCUGCCGGAGGACAGUGAUUGGGAUGAUGAUUUCACUCCAUUGAUUCCUAACGUGCCUCCACCUCCUACUCCGCCUCCUUUGCCCCCACCGAUUCGUCGAUCGACUCGUUCAAGGAUGACUACUGAUCAUGGGCCGUAUGUAUGUUAA